UUUCAGUGAGAUACUCUCCCAAGCUACUGAUCACUUCCUGCUCGGAACCUAGUUCCUCACUACCACUGCCACUGAAGACCCUGCCUCGGAAAUGCAAGCCCCAUCCCCGGUGGUCAUUGUGACUCAGCCUGGAUGUAGUCCCAUGGCCCAAACCUCCAACUGGCAGACAGGCAUGUGUGACUGCUUCAGCGACUGUGGAGUCUGUCUCUGUGGCACAUUUUGUUUCACGUGCCUUGCAUGUCAAGUUGCAGCUGACAUGAAUGAAUGCUGUCUGUGUGGGACAUCCGUCGCAAUGAGGACCCUCUACCGGACCCGAUAUGGCAUCCCUGGGUCCAUUUGUGAUGACUAUCUGGUGACGCUUUUCUGUCCUCAGUGUUCUCUCUGCCAAAUCAAGAGAGACAUCAACAGAAGACGCGCCAUGCGCACUUUCUAAAAACUAAUGGUGAAAAUCUCUCACUAAAGCCGCUGACAUCAGCAGAUAUCUCUUCAGCUUGAGUCUUCCUUUGCCUUUUGCAACUGAGAUAUGAAAGAUCUGUGUGAUUACCAAAAAAAAAAAACGGAAUUUUGAUUUAUUUUAAAUGAAUGUUUUCCCUUAGUUUUCCAAAUUGGUCCAGCUCAGUUUCUCUUUGCUUUCAUAUUAUUAAACUUUCUGGCUUAUGAAUUUUGUGUUAUGUUUGGCACGUAAAACAAAAUAAAAGAUUUUACUAACAAG